AAAUUAAAAAAAAAGAAAAAGAAUAUUCUCUGUUCUCUCUUUCUAGUUAUCUUACAGCAAAUACCUGUCAUCUUAAAACGACAAAACACCAUUUUUUUGCUAAUUGGAGCAUCCCAAUGACGAUUUUACUUGUCUGAAUACCAAAAACUUUGUAUUUCUGAUCUAUUACUGGUAAACCCAUCUGGGGUUUUUGAAUUCUUGAAAAAAAAAUGAGUUUCAGAGAAGAAAAUAGUGAAGAUGGUAGAGGAGGGGAUCUGAGGAAGCCAUUUUUACAUACUGGAAGUUGGUAUCGAAUGGGUUCAGCACAAACUUCUAGCAUGUUGGGUUCUUCUCAAGUUAUCCGUGAUAGCUCAAUUUCAGUUCUUGCUUGUGUUAUGAUUGUUGCUUUAGGUCCAAUCCAGUUUGGGUUCACUUCUGGUUACUCAUCGCCUACGCAAACUGCCAUAGUCAAUGAUCUGAAGCUCAGUGUAUCUGAGUUCUCUUUAUUCGGUUCCUUAUCCAAUGUGGGUGCUAUGGUUGGGGCAAUAUCUAGUGGUCAAAUUGCCGAGUAUAUUGGACGAAAAGGGUCUUUAAUGAUAGCUGCUAUACCUAACAUCAUUGGUUGGCUUUCCAUCUCGUUUGCCAAAGAUCUGUCCUUCUUAUACAUGGGAAGAUUAUUGGAAGGUUUUGGAGUCGGCAUAAUAUCUUACACGGUUCCUGUAUAUAUUGCCGAGAUAGCACCUCAGAACCUGAGAGGGGCCCUGGGGUCAGUUAACCAGCUCUCUGUUACAAUUGGGAUCAUGUUGGCUUAUUUGCUAGGACUUUUUGUAAAUUGGAGAGUGCUUGCUGUUCUUGGAACAUUGCCCUGCCUUGCACUGAUACCAGGCCUAUUUUUCAUCCCAGAAUCUCCUAGGUGGUUGGCCAAGAUGGGUCUGACAGAAGAUUUUGAAACCUCUUUGCAAGUUCUCCGAGGGUUCGAUGCUGACAUUUCCGUUGAAGUAAAUGAAAUUAAGAGGGCUGUAGCAUCCACAAGCCGAAAGUCGACAAUACGUUUUGCAGAUCUCAAACAAAGAAGAUAUUGGCUGCCUCUCAUGAUAGGCAUUGGACUGCUUGUCCUACAACAACUCAGCGGAACCAAUGGUGUGAUCUUCUAUUCCAGUAACAUUUUCCUAUCGGCCGGGAUUUCUUCAAGUGAUGCUGCAACUUUAGGUUUUGGUGCUAUCCAGGUGGUUGCCACUGCUGUUUCUACAUGGCUGGUGGAUAAAACUGGCCGUAGGCUUUUACUGAUUGUCUCGUCGGCUGGAAUGGCUGUUAGUCUCCUUAUUGUUUCCAUUGCAUUCUUUCUGAAGGAUUUCGUAGAUGAGGAUUCUACCUUCUAUGGUGUUCUAGGCAUGAUAUCUGUGGUUGGUGUUUUGUUGAUGAUUGUUUCAUUUUCGCUUGGAAUGGGACCUAUUCCGUGGCUUAUAAUGUCUGAGAUUCUUCCGGUUAAGAUCAAAGGCCUUGCUGGAAGUGUAGCGACGUUAUCAAAUUGGUUCUUUUCCUGGGUAAUUACAGCAACUGCACCGCUGCUAUUAGCUUGGAGCAGCGGAGGAACCUUCACUCUUUAUACACUUAUGUGUGCAUUCACCGUGGCGUUUGUGACAAUUUGGGUACCUGAGACGAAAGGGAAAACACUAGAGGAAAUACAGUUCUCGUUUAGAUGAUAAAAUUCGCGUAUAUUUGCAUUUUCCUCUUCGUUUUUUCGACAAUAAUUCUUGCCAUUCUGCAAAAGUUUCAAUACCAUAUUACAAGAUGAAAUCUAUGAGAUUUUACAUUUUGAUUUAUUCAUCUUUUUUUAGAAACAGAGAAUCAUACACAAGUAAACAAGUGGUAUUUGAUUUUUUUUUGUACACUAUUGUUCAGAAUAAUCUGUUGUUGUAACUUUAAUGUAUAUACUCCAUAUAUCUAUUGGACAUUUUGAAGGAUCAUGAGAUA